AUUUACAAUAAUUAAAUUUAUCCAAUUAUAAAGUUGGCAAUAAUUUACUACGAUAUACAUUAACAAGAUGGCGGACGUAGAAGUAGAGAGUGAUUUAUAUCUACGGUAGUUUAUAGUUAACGUAAAGAUAAAGAUUGAAAGGAAAUUAUAUUUGGAUGAAUGAAUUACGAACGAGUUAUGAAUCAGAGAUCGACGAACGGUAGGAUUAAAGAAGCGAGAAGAUAUCCCAGAAAGGACGAUUCGUUAGAAGAAUCGAGGCGCAGUUCGACUGAACGUUCUAGACCAAAUGAUAAGUUCCGAUCAAGGAGUCGAGAUGGACACAAUCAUCUCGUCUUCCGUUCCAGACAACAAGAGUUUAACAGGUAUUACAAAACACCGGAAAAUUCUCCCUGUCGUCUAUCGCAGAGCGAUUCUUUAAAGAAUGAUGGAACCAGCAGGAUCAAUGGAACCAGAGAUCACACCAGCAAAAGGACUGAUGUGCAUACAAGCAGUUAUACAAGAUAUUUUCGAGGAAGAAAUUCUCAAGACGGACAUCAAUCUCUUUCCGAUGAUUCUCGUAUGUUAAGGCUGCUACAAAGACUUGAAAGAGAUGAUGAUCGAGAACGUCAGCUUACAACAUUGAAACAGUUAAAGGAAUUCUUUUUACAAGUAGAUGAUAUAAAGGUUAUAUCAAUGAAUCUAUCCCAUAUCAUAUCUGUUGUAGAAGAUUUCAUGCAUCAAAGUGAUGAGAUAUCAAAAAGAAUGUUUUCAUUAUUAUUCAUUUAUUGGAUAGACGGACAUCAAUCUCUUUCCGAUGAUUCUCGUAUGUUAAGGCUGCUACAAAGACUUGAAAGAGAUGAUGAUCGAGAACGUCAGCUUACAACAUUGAAACAGUUAAAGGAAUUCUUUUUACAAGUAGAUGAUAUAAAGGUUAUAUCAAUGAAUCUAUCCCAUAUCAUAUCUGUUGUAGAAGAUUUCAUGCAUCAAAGAUUACAUUUAGAAGUUAAACAGGAAUUGUCUCCAUGUCUAGGAGUAAUGGCAGCAGUAUUAGGAACAGAAAAGUGUGAAGUACAGAAAUUGGUGCCAAGUUUGGGCACUAAGUUGAUUAUGACCAACAUUCAGUCAGCUUUAGAAAAUGCUGAUUUACCAGAACUAUUAACAGGGAUUGUUGAUGUUGUACUUCAGAUAUGUUCUAUAUAUCCAUCUGUUUUUAGUAAUAAUUUUAGGGAUACGGUUGACAUUAUUGUUGGAUGGCAUAUUGAUAAUUCACAGUCUCAUUCUUUUAUUAAAUACAUUUCAAAGGCAUUAAUUAGUUUUCAUCAGUUUUGGAUUGCUGAUAUGAAAUUUACAUUAAAUUUGCUUGGACAGUUUUUGGAGGACAUGGGAGCAUAUGCUGAGGAUUUAACCAAUGUUGACAGUGAUAAUCGAGAUGAAGAUGUACCUGUCUACCCACAGCUUCGCACAGUAUUUACAACAGUAAUGAAAAGUCUUGGGAAGUAUGCAAAUCCUUCAGAAAAUAGUGAAAAUACUUUUAUUACUUGGAAGUUUCUAACUAAUAGUUUGAAGAUACUAAUGAAAUGUGCUAUUAAAUCUACAGAAUAUUCAUUUUCUGAAAAUCUGCUUACAUCAGCUAACGAAUGUGUAUGUCUUCUAAUGGAUUGUGCACAGAAUCACUCAGCUGAUGCUCUAGAACAAUUAACAUCAUAUAUUUCUGUUCUUCAAAAGUAUUCAAUUGGCGUAAUGUCGGAAAUUUAUAUUCUUUCAUUUCUACAGUUGUUACUGAAUUUUGUGAAGGAACUAUAUAAUUGUCUUCCAAUUGAAAUAGUAACAAAUGUAUUUUCAUCUGAAUUUUUUCAAAGUCUCAGAUUCUCUCCAAAUUCAAAGAUUCAAAAUGCAUUUUUGAGUUUACAACAUGCUAUUCUUGGAUUGAAGAAUGUUCCAGUUCUUGAAGAAGCAUAUAAAUGCAUUUUAAGUGAUAUUAAAAUGGCUUGCUCAGUCAUUUUAACUGUAGAAUGUCAGUUAUCUAUAGAUGAUAAUGCUCUUAUGAAAAAUGUUAAGUAUUCAGCUAAAGAAGCAGAAUUAAUUCUUUUAUCUAGCCUUUGUUCAUUAGCUGAAAUUGGAAAUGCUAAACAUUCUAUAAUUGGUGUAAGUAUAUUAUUUAAAUUGCCUAUAAAGUUUAAUACUAAACUUUUAUUACACAAAAAGGUCCUCAUUGUCAUAAUUUUGGAUAAUGAUCCAAAUAAAAAUUAUACAGCUUUGACACAAAAGAGCAUUCAAAAAUGCAAUUUGGUGCUACCGGAAGCUUCAUGCAGAAAACAAGAGAAGACAUAUACUUUAAAAUACAUAUAUCUAAUUUUUAUAGCAUAUACCACUGAUCCAUUAUUAACUAAAGCAUGCUGUGGAGUUCUGCAAACAUUAGUAAAAGGUUCUGCAUCAUCAUUGCCCGAAAACAUAUUGAAAAGAUGCUAUGAAGUCUGUGUUCUUAAAUUAAGUGACAGUAAUGUAGAUGUGCAAGAAGAAUUUAGUAAUUUUUUUAUGUAUUUGCCAUUACAUAUAAUUACUAGUGGAUUCCCAUUUUCAGUUGGAAGACUUGGAUUAGGUUAGGCUGUAAAACUUGAUCAAACACAACUGGAUCAUAGUGAAAUAACAAUAUCUGAUAUUUGGUUAGUUCGUCGUGGUCAUAUGAAUCGAUCUCCACUUAGUACUUUUCAUUCUUAUAAUUUUAAGACUGUUAUGACUUACAUUCUUCAAGGAAUUGAACCAGAAGAUAAGAACUGGCUUUAUAGAUUGUUUUAUACAAGUCAACAUAUUGAUAAACAGUCUAAACUUAGUGGAAUGUUGAUGACUUUGAUGGUGAGCAACAAUUCUUUGUUGUGGUUUUGGACAACUUGGGAAGUAGCACAACUUUGUGUGUUAAAUAAAUUGAGAACACCUCUUGGAAAACCACAAGAAACAUUCACAACAAUUGAAGGUGCAAUUAAAAGUUAUGCAAAGCAAGCUGGGAAACAAGAAAAUCUUAAAAUUAGUCAAAAUUGUAAUGGAAAUGACUUGCUACGUGUACGAUUAUUAUUGGAUAUAAUGGAACAUUUGGAGAAACUGAUGUAUAAUGCAUAUGAAGGCUGUGCUCUGACAUUAUCAACGCCUCCAAAAACUGUGAGAACAUUUUUUCGUACAAAUAAAGCAACGUGUCUUGAAUGGUUAACACGUGUUCGAAUGGCAACAUUAGUAGUGGCAUUACAAUCUGGCCAAUUAGCUAUGGCAGUAAGACAAGGUUAUCAAUUGUUAGAAGAAAUGACAGAAGCAAAAAAUACUCAGGGACUGGAAUUUGAUCAGGUUUUAAUGUAUAUUGUUGAAGCAUUAAUUGGUCUCCGAUGUCCUGAAGCUAUAUUAGGAUUGUAUAACUGGUGUAAAGAAUGCCAUGGUAGAAAAUUUACUUGGAUAAAAGCUGCUGUUGAUCAAGCUGCUAGCAGAUUUGAGACUGCAGCAUUUGAAUACAUAUGCAUACUUUAUUCAUUAAGUCAUCCAGUUAUUCCAUUAAAUACUACUCAAGUGAAUUCAAGCUAUACUAAUCAGGAAAAUGAAAAUAAUUUAAUUGAUGAAAUAAACAAACAUAAAAAUAUGAUAUCAGAAAGUGAAAUUAUUUCUAAAGUUCUAAGACAAUUAGAAUUGAAAGAUAUGUCAGAAACGAAAUUGGAUACCAACACACAUCUACAGUCAUAUUUGAUGCAGCAUGUAAUAGAUUGUUAUCGGAAUAUUAGUAAUUGGUCAGAUGCCUUGAAGUGGACCGAAAUGGAAAGAAAGCUUAGGUGGAGUCACAAUGGAAUGAUUCUUCAUCAUAUAUUUUCUGAUAGUGAUCUUACAUUUUUAAAAUAUUUAGGAGUUUUUGACGAUAGCUUAAAAUCUCAAUUUGGAGGAAGCAUAAAAACAAACCUUGAUUUUUCUGGAAUCAACAAAGUAUGUGUAAAUUUGGAAAAUAUUGGAUGGGAAACAAAUCAUCAGUUACGUUCGGCAGAAAAGACUUUAUUGAAUGCCUCUGUAGAUUACGAAAUUGCAACAAAACCUGUAAAUGAUGAAUUACAACACAUAACUAAUGAAAUGAAGAAAGCUAGCAAGCAAAUUUUAAAUAUGAUGCAAAUUUCAGUUAUAGACUGGCCACCUUACAUUGACCCAAUUCAUGCCUCUCUAUACAUAGGUUGUUCAGCAUUAUCAUCAUCUGUUCAGAAAGGAAAAAAGAUUUCUCCUGCAAUAUUACAUGAUAAUUUAAUGAUGAAUCCACCAGAUUAUUGCACUUCUUUUCUGAGUCAUAUAUUAGCAUGGAAUAUUGUUAAUUUACAUGUUUGUGCUAAAGAACAAAACGUUCGACCUCAAGUUGGGAAUUUAACUGAACUUCAGUUGAUUGCUGCUCGUUUAGCUAGAAAGCAACAAAAUUAUAAAUUGGCUCAAAAACUCUUACUGAGAAAUAUUGCUUUAAUUCUUAAUCAGAACCAACAUAUUACCACUACAAAAAUAGGUACAACUUCAACAGAUAGUUUGUCAACUUCAUAUUUAUCAGAUACGGCAUAUUUACUGGAAAACCUCAAAUUAACAAUGCAAGUUGCACCUACAGAAAAACUAAUUAAACUUCAAGCAGAAGGAGCGAAACUAUUACAUAGUUGGGGUGAGACAAGAGGUGCAACAGAUAUAUUACUGAAUAGUGUUUAUAGUGUGACUCAAGCAUUAAAUAAUAUGUCUGAUGAUACAUUUUUAAAGGAAACAUCUUUAAGACAAUUAAAUUCAAGAUCUUUAUUAACAUUUGUGAAAUAUUUGCAAUUAGACAUAAAACUGGUUAAUGAUUUAUUACAAGAACACGACAGUAAGAAAAAUAUGGCAAAUCUUCAAAAUUUGCUUGAUAUGCCCUUUAACAGAAAUUGCUUCUCAAAUAGUAUAAUUGAUACAAAUGAAAAUAAGGAAUUACAUAAAGAGUUAAGAUUUGACAAUGUAAUGAAUGAUACAGAAAUUGUUUUGGGUGAACUGCUGCAACGUGCAGUUGGAUACUGUCCCAUAUUAGCCAAAGCUUGGGCUAAUUUGGCUUCUUGGUGUUACAGAUGGGGUCGUAAAGCUACAGACAUGACAAGUGAUGGCUGCAUUACUUUGACUGAUGAAGAAACACAGCAAGUUUUAUCAGCACUGUCAUGGGAUUUGAAGGAAGAAGAGAAAGAUUCAAUUCUUCAAGUCAUAAGCCAAAUUCAUGGAUCUUCAGAAAGUGAAUGGGAUGACCAUGGAAUGAAAAUUAAAAAUAUCUAUGAAAUUGGGGACAUAGCUGUUGCUGUUGCUGUGGCUGUUGGCACGUUUUGUCAUAGAGACACAAUCACUGUAAUUAAAUCUCGGAAGUUGGCUUUUAAUAUGGAUAAGUUUGUUAAACCAAAAGAGUAUGAAGCUCAGGAUAACGUUAAGGAAGAAGAAGCAGUUUUUAAGAAAAGUGUUAUGUUAUCAAGAACACCACCAGAUAAAUGUUUGAGAGCCUGCUUCACCGGAAGUGCUGUUAAAGCAAAGAGCCAGUAUGAUACAUUAAGAGUUCUUAGUUGGAACAUGAAUGGAUGGAAGCGAGAAUAUGAAAUAGAGUAUUGGAACAUUGUGAGAAAGUUCCAUAUAUGCUGGAUGGAUACCUGGUUAGGAGAACCAGAUUUAACAAAGCUACCAGCUGAUGGCGAUUUUAAUUGUGGAAUUGGAUUAUUGAAAGAAAUGGAUUGGAGAGAUGGUUUGUUUCCCUUGUUGGACUAUAGUGUCUGCUGGAGCUUGGAAGAUAAAUGCAUUAGCAAGUUCGGAAUAAAGUUAGUGGGAUUGUAUCAAACUAAGGGUUUGAUGAUUGUAAAUGGACAAGUUAAGGAUGAUGCACAGGAAAAAUACACUUUUAUUUUGCAUUUGGGCAAAAGUGUAAUUGAUUAUUUGUGUGUAAAUGGUCUGGCAGCUGAGAAUUUUAGUAUAGAUGAUUACGUUGAAUCUGAUCAUAUGAUGCUGCAUUUAGAAAUUUCUUCUAAAGAAUAUGAUAUUUUAGGAAUAUUUAGUUCCUGUUUUUCUGAAGAUCUUGAUGAAACAGGAGCAAUAUCUGAUCUUGAGCACCCGUCACCCGAUCUACCAAGCACUUCUUCACCAAUGAUAUCAGAUGAUGAAUCUGAAGAAGAACAGCAAAAAGCUGCCAUCAUGCAAAAUUGUUUUACUGCUCUUGUUGAAACCUUAGCUAGACAAGAUGCUCACACAAUUGCUGAAGUAAAAAAUCUUGUUCACGAACUGAGAAGAAUUACUCUACUUUGGGAUGAGUUAUGGGUUGGCACCCUGACAUUACAUCAUGCAGAAGUUAAUAGGCGUAUUCAGACAUUAGAAGAUGAAAUCAAGAAAGUUCAAGGCAAUUCUUCAUUAACUAGAUCAGAAAAAUAUAAUAUCAUUAGAGAGAAACAUACUGUUUUUAUGAAACCGACAAUGUUUGUACUAGAACAAUUGCAGGCUAUUAGUUCUCAAACUCCAGAAACUCCGCAUGAGCAAUGGUUUCAAGAUACUUUUGGUAAACACAUAGAAGAUAUUCUGCAAAAAUUUAAAAAUCCUGUAGAUCCCUCUCGUCCACAACAAAGUUGGACACUGUAUAAACAGUUACAUCAAAUGUUACAACAAAGAAUGCAGCAACAGACUAGAUCUCAUCUAUUGAUGGAACAAAUUAGUCCAGUUUUGUCUUCUCUUAAAUGUACUCGUAUACCAAUGCCAGGGACAAACAUUAAAUCUGUACAAGUGAUUACAAUAGAAUCUGUCCAUAAUAAUGUCUCAAUUUUGCCUACUAAAACAAAGCCUAAGAAACUUGCAUUUAUUGGUUCUGAUGGGAAUAAAUACACAUAUUUGUUUAAGGGAUUAGAAGAUUUACAUUUGGAUGAAAGGAUCAUGCAAUUUUUAUCAAUUGUGAAUAAUAUGUUUAUGAAGAACAAAAGACAGGGGAAAAUUGUUUACCAAGCUCGUCAUUAUUCUGUAACGCCAUUGGGACCACGUUCGGGAUUGAUUCAGUGGGUGGAUGGUGCCACACCGCUAUUCGGUUUAUAUAAACGUUGGCAACAGAGAGAAGUUACUGCCCAAGCUUUAAAGAAUCAGACUUCUUCCUCUGGGAACAAUAUUGUUACUCCAUCCAUAUUGCGACCAUCAGAAAUAUAUUAUAAUAAAUUGACUCCAUUGUUGAAAGAAAAGGGUAUCACAAAUUUGGAGGCAAGAAAAGAAUGGCCACUAACAAUUCUACUUCAGGUUCUUCAAGAAUUGAUGAAUGAAACACCAAAAGAUCUUUUAGCAAAAGAAUUAUGGUGUUGCUGCAGUACUGCUUUAGAGUGGUGGGAAAUUACACAAACUUACAACCAUUCAACGGCUGUCAUGUCAAUGAUCGGCUACAUAAUAGGCUUGGGCGAUCGUCAUCUCGAUAAUGUUUUAGUUGAUCUCUGUUCCGGAGAGGUGGUGCAUAUUGACUAUAAUGUUUGCUUUGAAAAAGGAAAGAAUCUUCGUGUUCCAGAAAAAGUUCCAUUCAGAAUGACUCCAAAUAUUGAAACUGCAUUGGGUGUUACUGGAAUUGAAGGUAUUUUUAGAGUAUCCUGUGAACAUGUUUUAAAAGUCUUGAGAAAAGGCAGAGAAACAUUAUUGACAUUAUUAGAAGCUUUUGUGUAUGAUCCACUUGUUGACUGGACUCCUGGCAAUGAGGGAGGUUAUACUGGUGCAGUUUAUGGAGGUAGACAAGGCAGAAUUAAUGAAUCAGGACAAACAAAGCAAGACAUGGAACAUGAAGUUGCAUAUUCUAUGUUAUCCAUUCGAGUAGCCGAAAUGAAGCAUGACUGGUUAAAAAAUAGGGAAGAAUUAGUGGCUUCACUACCUAAGUUGAAAUCUCAUUUGCAAGACUGGCACAAAGCUCAAAUUGAAUUACAAAGUACUGAAACUCAGCUUCCUGAGAUAUGUCAACAAAGAGCAUUGUUGGAAGAAGCUCAGACAAAUUCAGCCCACUCUUUGUAUUCCCUUCCAAAAAGAUUUGAAGAACAUGCUAUUGUAAAAGAAACUGUGGCUACUUCCAAAGAAGCAGUUAAAGAAAAAUUAGCUGAAUGCAAGAAAUGGCAAAAUCUUCAUUGUGAAUCGCUUAGAUCUGUCUGUGGCCCUGAAUUGGGAAAAUGGUGUUCUGAAGUAGCCAUUGACCUUAAUAUAAAUUCGUUAACCAUAGCACCUGUAGUAAAAUUUUUACAGUCGGCUGGCCAAGGGCAGUUGGUACAACAGUGUGAGCAUGCAGAGUCAGAUCUAGUAACAGUUCUUCAACAACAACAGAUGGCAUUAAGAAAUUGUGUUGAGCUAUUGACUACCUAUGCAACAAUUGUUCUACAGUAUCCUCCUUCAUUUAAAGAACAAAAUCGUAGUUUUCAAUGGCAGAGUUGGUUAGAAAGUCUUCUAGAAGAUUUCACAUUAGCAAAAUGUCAAGAUGUCAUAACAGAAUUUCAUAAUAAAUAUGGAAUCGAAAGUAUGAAUAUUGCAUCAAUUCAAGCUGCUAUUGGAUUGCAUUAUCAGCUUCAAACAUUAGUUACAGAUGUUAAUUCAAAACUUCUGAAUGUUAUAGAAAGACGACAUAUUGAAGGAAUAGAAGAUACUAAUACGCUUUCGGCUUAUUUAAGAGAGGUUAAGGCAAAUAUUCAGAGAUAUGUUGAAGAAAAUGGAAAAAAAGGUUUAAUAAGUCUAGAAUGUGUCAUAGUUACUGCAUUAUGUGCAUUAAAUCGUCGUCUGUUAAUAAUGGAUAAUGCUGCAGCAGCUGCCGGAGAUUGUUUAGUCGAUUUAACAUCUUGGGGUGGAGACUGGUAUUUGGACGAAAUGUAUAGUAUGAGUAAUAGUAUGAUACAACUCAUAACUAUUUUACAAGAUUCAAUAAAGGAUGCAGAUGAAGAUAUGAAAACUGCUAUUCAUGCUGUUACUUCGGCACAUUGUGUGUUCACCGGAUUAGAAGAUCUAAGUCUCAAUUUUCAAAAUAUCAUCUUACCUGAGGCUGUAAAAACUGUGCAGUCAGAAGAUCCCAGUGUUCUCAACAUGAUUGAGAAGUUAAAUAAAAUCAUUAACGAAGCAGGAACAUCUCUCGAUGUUCUCGUUUCUGAACUGGAAGCUGAUAUGAGAAACAUUAUAAUGGAAAUUCAGGUAGGAUGUGUUAUUUAUUAUCAAAUAAUGAAAAUAAUUUAUAUUUACUUCUUAGAAUACUUAUUCCAAAAACCAGAAAUAUCUGACUUAACUCCUGGUCAGAUGUUGUUAAUGGGUUUUAAUGGCCUUUUCACUAAAUUGGAAUCUGACAUGACCGAUCUAUUGACAUCUUUAAAUCACUUGAAUCCACCAAUAUUGUGGCGUAAAGUUGAUUUAGUUCGUGAAGCAGCUUCUUUUGUUCCCCCUAUACAUUUGGCUUCAACACGUUCUAUACUUUAUGAUAUUUUCUUUCUGAAAAGACUUCAGGCGAUGCAACAAUUCUUUUCUCUGUGCCAGGAAUUUUCUCGCAGUCUUCAAAUUCCAUCCCAAAGUCGGAAUUCUGAGAGAGAGACAUCGCAUCUUCUGACUGAUGAACAGCUGUUUAAACCUGUUAAAUUAUUCAUUGCCGAAUAUGUCAGGAAGCAAGUGCUUGGACUUCCUUCUCAGACCGUGGCUUAUGCUCUGUGUGUAUUCAUAUCCACUCUUGGCAUAGACGUCACCGCAGAAAUAGAACUGAGAGAUAUCGGCGCAGAGGGUAAAGUUUCUCUGGAAGAAUUGAGCAAAAAGGCAGUUGACUUGUGUAUAAAACAGGAGAAAUUUCAAGCCGGACAAUUAACUCAAGCCAGUACUCUGAUUAAUAACUUUGAUAGCAGUUGGAGAAAAGAGGAUCUUUCCAGACGGUUGGAUCAAAAUGUUCUCUUCUUAAAAGCAAGUUUGCAAAGAGCUCAGCUUCAACUUGCUCGUCAUCAGUGGCUACAUGAAGAUCUGUUAGUUCAGGGCAAUAUAGGACCUUUACAAAAUCUGGCAGUUCCCACCCGGGCAUCAGUGAUGUCGGAAAUGCGCAAGACCGUGCAAGCAUUAGUUUCUCUGGAAGCGGCAAUUACGGUUGGUCAAGAACGUUAUCUCAGUCUCACGGCUAGCGUUGAACAGAGAUUGAAGUGGGCCGCAGGUGCCAAUCCUUCACUUAUAACAAUCCAGGAAGACUUUGAAGGUGCCAUUUCGGAGAAGACAACUUCAGCAAGUGCUUUCGUUCAGUUAUCUCGAGAAUUAGGAAAUGUGUGUAAUGCCAUUCUUCAUUUUGAAGCACUGAGAACACGGACAAACGAGGCCCUUUCUUCAGAUUCCACAUUUCUAUCUUUAAUCAAUAGAUGUCAAGAGAGUUGCAUGCUAGAAGCUAAUUGUAGUAGCCAAGUAACUCCGAUCGAAGAGCAAUUGUUAGAAUUAAAACCUUUGCCUGAGAAGGGAGGAGUCACCCAAGAAUGGAUCUUGUCAUUAAAAGAAAAAGUUGCACAAAUUCUUACAAGUUGCAAAGAAAAAUUAGAAGAAAAAAAGAUGGAAAGUUUUGUAUUGUGGGAUGUGGUGAAAACCGAUGUUGUCAGUAUUCGUACGUUACUUUCGACUCAUCAUCGCUACAUGUCUGAAAUCAGAAAUAUCCUACGGACUUUGGCAAAGUAUGAGGAGCAAGAUAUUCAUAUUGAGGAUAAACAGAAAGGUAGACUUCAUCAUUACAUAACAACAUACAGAACAUUUUCUGAACAAAUUUCUGGAAUUGUAAGAGAACUGCUGUCAGAAGGACAAGAUCUGGAGAGUAGCAAUGUGCAAAAAAUCAUUUCUAAAUUAGAAUCCUUGACAUCUAUGACGCAGGAAGUUUAUGAUGAAUUGUUAAAUUUGGCUGGACCAAUGGGAAUUUCCAAGUCUAAUCAAGAAAACUUCAAAAAAAUUCAUCCCCUUCAUCAGAGUGUAGAUAAAGAUUUGAAAGGUGUCGAAUUAAAGAAAAAUAAUCUCUCGAUCACUCAGGGUCAAGAAUUAUUUUCAGUCACAUCUCCAAUCAGUCAAGGCGCCUUGACGAAAUCGGUAACUACCGGAAACAACAAGAAAAAUUCUAUAAUGAGAGAUCCUAGAACUGGAAAAAUAAUACAAGAGCGUAACAUGUAUGCCACCAACGUUUGGCGCAGAGUAAAGAUGAAAUUGGAUGGCAGAGAUCCGGAUCCUAAUAAACGAUCGACAAUUGCCGAACAGGUUGACUUUGUCAUCAAAGAAGCAACUAAUUUGGAGAAUUUGGCUGUAUUAUACGAGGGAUGGACACCCUGGGUGUGAAACAAUAUCUAGACACCCCUUGUAUGGGGAGAGAGCUUAAUAUCCAAUUCACCCCGAUUAGUGAGUGGGUGGCUGCUUGGCAUAACAGCUAAACGGAGGAUAAUCAUCAUCCUUUCCUGCUGCCGGGGAUGCUUGUUACCAUCCUGUAUGUCUUGCCACUGCUCGCCCUUCAUAUAAAGAAGAAGAGUUCAUCAGCAUGCAGUAAUAAGCUGCAAUAUUCGAAUCGGCAAGCACUAUAAGUGCAAAAAAAAGAUCCCCUAAACCUGGUUCACGGGGUAGAAGCAAGGCAGAUACAGGGGUUUAAAAUGUGGACAUAUCCAAACAUGAAGUGCUUUGGAUUUAGUAUAAUCAUGUUGCAGCUCUUAAAGGGAAAAAAAACAAAAAUAAUAAAUUAAACCAACACUAAAUUUAAAAGUGCGGCCGGGAGUCGCGUCCGUAAAAAGUAUUGUAAAGGGUAAAAUUUUAGAUAUUCGUAACGUGAGAGUUUGGCAAGAGGUAAAUUUAUCGACCGAUCCCGUGCCGCCAUUGCAGAGUCGAGAGUAUUUUGCUGGCGGAAAGCAAAUCUCGAAUUAAGAGCCUGCAACAUAACACAGUGUGUCAAUACAAGAAUGGCCUGUAAUUCAAUAGGCUCAAAUUAUCGAUCGGAUCCCACGUCACCUUACGCUUACCCAAAAAAAGAAAAAAAAAACAAAAAAUUAAGGAAAAAACAAAAACAGAAGAAAA